ACAGCCUCAUGAGCAGUAUUUCCUCUGUCUUCUGUAGUGUAAGAAGUUAACAAAUGAAGAAAAUGAGCCAUGGAGGAAUAGAGGAGAAAUAGAGGAGGCGAAGGGGAGAAUCACAGUGUUGCUGAAUGUUUAAAUGGUGGAUCUACUCUGAGAUGAAGAUUCAUAAAUACACAGUCAUCAUCUUCUUUAGCCUUUUCCUCCAGAUCGAAGGUGAGAACAUCACCGAGUGGUCUGUGCAGGAGGGCAAGAACUUCACCUUCCAUCUGCCGAAUGUGGAGUCCGACAGAGUACACAUCAGUUCAGUUGAAUGGAAACAGAGGGACAGAAACAAAAUGCUGGCCAUCUUUCGCCUGGACAGUGCUAACGAAACAGUAAUAUUUCAGCAGGGAAGCAGACUUCAAUUCAUGCAGAAUCAGUCAAUCGUCAUCAGAGGCGUAAAACAGGAAGACACUGGCAACUACACUUGCAAAGUCAUAUUCAAAGAUGGAAAAAUUCAAACACACAACAUCUCACUGACUGUGUACUCAGGAAAUACAGAACAGACCCCUACUUAUAACACCACAUCCACUACAUCAGUUCCUCAGGCUCUUAAUACACUGCAGAUUGUGAUUUCAGCACUUGGAGGUUUACUUCUGCUUGGCAGUGUGAUAAUCAUAAUUUUAAAAUGCAGAAGGAAAUGCGCUAAGGGUGCACUAAAUUGCACCAAGGAUGAACCCAUUUACAUGAACACAUACUAAAAGCCUAAAGAAAACCUGAGGACACAUAAAAAAAGGUCACAUUUGACAAUUCACACAAUUAAAUCAUCUUCCUUUAGACCUUUUUCUGACUUGUGUUGGCAUCAUCUCCUAAGCCUUGCACUGCAAGACCCGACCUGAAACAGAAGUGUGUGUGUUUGUGUGUGUGUGUGUGUGUGGUUUUGCAGGCGGUUAUUUUAAGGGUCUGUUCUGUGUUGUGCAGUUGCCAGGAAACUGUUUUUCUUGCACGUGUGCUGGGCACAGCAAA